GUGCUCGGACAGUCCUCGGUGUCUGCUCCUCGGUGUCUGCUCCUCUCCUCCCCCGCUGUGUGUCUCUGCGGGUAUCCUCGGUCUCCUCGCUGUCUGCGGGACUGUGUGCGGGACUGUGUGCGAGACUUGUGCGUGUGCGCGUAUUUGUGGGUCUGGAAAUGUCGCACGCCGUGGGGAGCACGAGCACGUCGGGCACGCGUACUCCGGACGGUCUCCUGAAUCUGGGGUACAUCCGGACCAUCCCAGGACUGCUGCAGAGCGGACAGCUGAUCGCUCUCCUGGUCACGUUCCUCUGCAUACAUCUGGCCCGCGGUUGGCCCAGCUGGUACGCAUUCCAAUUUUUCGAAGUCGUGGCCUUGUGGUUCUUUGUGGCACUGCUCGUGUUCUUCUUCAUCCACAUCUUCAGCCUGAACACCAGGACGCCGUGCAUCAACUGCCCUCUGACGGAGUUCUUCCAUUACUGCGUGGGGGCAGUGCUGGUACUGAUUGCCUCCAUCGUAGGUGCUGUGAAAGCUGCGGGCGUCUCAGCGCUGGUCACUGCCACGGUGUUCGGGUUCCUGACUUCCUUCCUGAUGAUCGUGUCUCUGUGGACCACCUACAGCGUGUCCUGCGGCACCCAUCAGACAGGUGCAGCCGUCUAAACCUGAAAAAUGAGUACUGUGGGAGUGUCUGGGCAUCACAAUCAAACUCUGCCCAGAUCCUGCACCUGAUUGGAAGAGGCCCAGAGGUGUCGUCCAGUCAGAUCCCAGCGUCCAAUCCAAACAUGUCAUAGCCACAGAGUUAGUCUGAAGUUUUACAUUCAAGGUGCUGUUCAUGUUUCAUCACUGCGGACUAUACUUCCCAUGGUGCACUGCUUCUACAGCUGCUGCUGCUGAUGUGAAGUGUUCCUCCAAACAGAAAGGGGGGGGGGGGGGGGUUUGAGUCAGAACAAAAUUUGCAUCAGAACAAAAUUUGCAUCAAAAUUGAAUCUGCACAUGCUGAGAAGCAUUUUGGUUAUUACGGAUAUUACGGAAACAUGGAGCUAACUGACUCCAGUAGCAUGUGUUUGGUGAUGACAGCAGGUACCAGAUUUGACGUCUUUAUCUAAAAAUAAAGGUUUCAGCAGUGGUCAUCUGGACGCUGAUUUUCAAAUCAAGAUAUUUUACAUUUGAUGGUUCUGGUUUGAAACACUGUGCUUUAUCCUAACCUGAGUCCAGCCCUAAAGGCAGUGAAACUGCCUUGUUUACAGCUGACCUCAUUAUGGGCUGUUGUGCCCUCAUCAAACUUUCUUCUUAAACUGUAUUUCACUGAAAUGAGCUAAGGCCACAGCUGACUAUUUCUGGAGUCAGAGAAUGAAAAUACAGUCAGGCUAACCACUAGCGUGACUGACACAGAUCUGGUAAAGACUCAAACUGGGGAAUGACGAGGGAUCAGGCGGAUGUGGGGGUAGAGGGGGGGUUCAGCUGGACUUCUGAUUGCUGGGGUCCCUGGUGUCAGUGUCUGCUUUGUCCCUUUUGAAUACAGCUUCUUUAAAUGUUUUAAGCAUGUUUUUCGCUCUCUCUCUCUCUGGGCUGACAUCAUUUCAAAAUAAGAGCACACAAACCACCAUCAGAAUACAUAGCACCUGUUGCAAGGCCUGUCACACUCUCAUGCUCAAACAUCAGAUUCUGUUUAAAUAUUUAUUAUAUUUAAUGUUUUUAUUGAAAUGCCAAAAAUGAGAUGUUGUUUUGACUGAAGCUCCUGCUCACUUCUGUUUUAAAGUUUAUUUUGUGACUUUGUGCCAUAAAAUUAAAGGUGUCUGGCUCAAAAUCGAAUAUGCAGCUUUGGGACAAAGCAUGUGAAGCUAGCGCCAUUAGCACCGUUAGCACCAAGCUAAAGGCUGAGUGCAUGAGACAGAGCUACAGUUAGCAGUUAGCAUGCCAAUCCGUGCGUCGCUAAUCCAGACCCAGACCAAAUCCACAAUCAAGUCCUCAAGUCCAGAGCCGAACCUGGACUCAAAUAUUUCACAAAGCAUCACACAGCUGCGUCCGGACUCUCGAAUUCUGGUGCUUUAACUCACCCAAAUCCAGUUUCGACCUGGUUUAGAUCUGGUCUUGGUUUGAGGUAGUUUAAUCAAAAGCACAUUUGAACUGUUAAAAGAAACUGUAGGAAUCAAACUUAAAUCUCAUGAUCCAGAAACAGACCUUUACGUGAGCGUAGGCGCUCAUCAACAUUUUAGCAAAUUUUUUCUAAGAAAGAAUUUGUUGUUGUUUUUGUCCAUUUACCAUCAGCACAGUGUGUUCCUGGGUCAGUUCUGUAUUGUUUGAAGAAGUCCAUUUUCAGGAAGACUGACCAUUUGUGCAUUCAAAUGUACUUUUGAAAUCCUGGAGUUUGUCAGCCUGUACAAACAGUAAAUACAAGUCUAUUCAGCUAGUUCUUCUGACUGUAGACCUGUUACAAGCAGCUAAAUGCUCCUUUUCGAGUUUGAUCAUCUUUCCCAUGACAAACAGAGUCAGGGCCGUGUGCAUAUGUCCUACUGGAUGUUCUACUGGACAUAAAUGCUGCUGUGUGUUUAGGACCUUAGUCCUGGUUUAUUCCUACAGUUUCUGUCUUUAAUAUUAAUGCCUUACUGCAGGUUAUUCCUACCUUGCUGAGUCCAAUGCCAAAACAAUGCUUCCAUGUUUUUUACUGAAACAAUUUUAAAAUUGGACAAAACCAAAAGUCAGACUGGACUUUGUGCACGUUUACUCACAUUUGAUACUUUUUGUUUUGUUGAAGAAAAUGCAUGAUUUCACUGUGAGAUUUGGAAGUGUGACAGCUCCACCCUCUCCUCCACCCACAACUAUUCAUACAUUUCAAACUAUUCAAAUCUUAAAGGAGAUGUAUAGUCAUAAUCCAAUGUAACUAUGUUACAGCUAUGUGCUUUUUAUGGACCCUCUAUAGUUUGUUUGGAAUGAUUCACGUUUGAGUAAAAAUUUUUCUUCUCAUCACAAUCAGAAUCAGGUGAUUCACUGCAGCGUCUGGGCCAAACGCACACAGACAUAACAGAUAUGCAAGUAUGUGCCAUGAAAGCUCACAUGAGUAAAAUUAAUAAAAUGUGAAGCUUGUUAAACCUCAAAUGGAGUCCAAGAAUCAAAUCAGAAGGUCUGAAUGACAUAGAGUGAUUAGUUUUACUCAGGGGCAUCUGGGUAAACCUGAGGAUGAAGAUGUGCCUCCGAUCUGGCCCCAAAACGCAAAUCCACUAAAAUAAUUGUGUUUUUAAACUCGUCUUCAGAGGGCAGUAUGUGCAAAAAAAAAAACAGUGAAGAACCUGAAAUGUAACCCCGAGGAGCUCCACAGUUUAACUUUAACUUUGGGUCUGGUAAAAACUAAAACCAACAGAAGCUAAGGAGAGACAGCAGGCGAGGCGGUGGACAGCAGGUGGAGCUGUUGCUGAAGUCCGAUAUUUGAAUGUUUUUUUGUAAAUGUGAUUUUAUUUUUUAAAUUGUUUUAAAUGUUUAAAAUGUUUGGUUUUUUGGGUCCGCUUUGAAUUUAAAUAAAAUGUUUUUAGGCUGUGCGGAUUGGUCCAGAGCCAGAAGAC